AAUAAUAAUAGUUAGUGCCAUGUCACUAAGUUUUAUCCUUACAAAGUGAGAAACACUUUCUCUGAUAGAAACAAGUGAAAGGGGAAGAAAGAAAUGAAAAGUGAAAAGAAGUGGGGAAAAAUAAAAUGAAAAUAGAAGGGAAAGUGAUAUAACAGUUCAAAGAGUCGAAAUCUAACGGUAUUAUUUAGAAACGAAAUCACUAUAUCCGAUCGUUGAAACGAAAUUUUAAAGUAUUAUCGUGAAACACGUGAGAAAUAUCGAAAGACUUUUCUUUUUCUUAAUUAUUAAAAUUAACUAAUAAUGGAUAUAAUAAUUGAUACAAAAGGCGAUGAAGAUUUGAUGAAGAAAAAUUGUUUGAUAGAAAAUGAUGAUGAUUUAGAUUUUGAAAAUCAUGGUACGCAGACACUCAAAUUUUUUGAUAUAGAAGAAGAUUUAAUUAAAAAUGAAGCUACAACAAAAAAGAUAAUUCGUAAUGUAACUAAAGAUAUCGAUCUCGACGAAUUUGAAAAAGAUAUGGGUUGGUCAAAUGUAAGAAAGAAAAAUAAUCCAAUAUCUAGUCAGGAUAUAACUCAUUUGACACAAGAAUUGACAGCAGUAGAUAAGAUACUUGAAAAAAGUGUUAUUCAAUCUGGUUUUGAAAAGUUAGAAGCUGUACCUUGUGAGCUUAGUACAAAAUUGUUAAAAGCUAAAAGACGUAAGGAACGUAGUAAAACUAAGGGCAAAGAUUGGUUUAAUAUGGGUGCUCCUGAAUUAACACCAGAAGUUAAACAUGAUCUUCAAGUUAUAAGAAUGAGAUCAGUAUUAGAUCCUAAACGAUUUUACAAAAAGAAUGAUCUUAAAACAUUACCACGAUACUUCCAAAUUGGUAAAGUUAUUGAUUCACAUUUGGAUUAUUAUUCUGGACGUCUUACUAAGAAAGAACGUAAGAAAACAAUUGUGGAUGAACUUAUGACUGAUGCUCAAUUCUCUAAAUAUAAUAAACGUAAAUAUAAGGAAAUUAUUGAUGAGAAAAGAAGAUUGCAUUAUAAAGCUCAUAAACAUGCAAAGAAACUUAAGGGAAAAAAAAAAUAAUAUAUGUAAUUAGUAUAUACAUAUUUCAAAUCAAGAUUUUACAAAUAAUAUUUGUAAUUAUUUUAUUAAAUAUAUUUUAAAUUUUGUGUUUUAAAUAAUUAUAAAAAUAUAAAAUAUAUAUAUGUAGUUUUAACAUAGUUUUAUACAAGUUUAAUAUAAUCCUCCUGUAACAUCUAUGGAUGCACCAUUAAUAUAAGAACUCUUGGAAGAUGCUAAAAAUGUGAUAACUUCUGCCACUUCUUCUGGUUUUCCCAUUCUAUGAAGGGGAAUUCUUUUUAUAAAUAAUUGCUUUAUAUUAUCAGGUACAGUUUUUGUCAUAGGAGUUUCUAUAAAACCUGGUAGCACAGUAUUGACACGAAUUCCAAAUCUACAAUAUUAUAAAUUUAUAAUUAUUGAAUAAAAUAUUAUAUAAAUA